UAAUUUUUUUUUUUUAACCCCUUUUAAAAAAACACCAUUUUUAUUAUCCAAAUUGUAUUAUAAUAAUAACAUAGUUUUAUUUUUUUUAUUUUUUUUUUUUCAAAUAAUUUUAUAUAUAAAUUUUAGUUGAAAUAUAAUAUAAAAUAAAAAAAUAAACUUUUGUAUCAAUAGAAAAAUCCAAAUUAAAGUAAUCAAGAACCAAUUUUUAUAAAAAAAAAAAAAUCAAUCAAUCAGUAUUUUUACAUAAUAAUAAUCAGUAAAUCAAUAAUCAAUUACAGUUCAUUAUAAACAAAAAUGGGUUGCACCAAUUCAAAAGUCCAACCAGAUGAAAAGCAAAGUGAUCAAUUAGAUAAAUAUCUCAGACAAGCAGGUAAAGAAGCUUUAUUAGAUUUUAGAAUUCUUUUAUUAGGUGCAGGUGAAUCUGGUAAAUCAACAGUAGUUAAACAAUUAAAAUCUAUAUAUAAAAUUCAAGUCGAUGAAGAGGAGCUUGAAAGCUAUGCAAUCAAUAUUCACAAAAACACAGUACUUUGUAUGCAAGUAUUAUUAGAAAAUGGUGAAAAUUUAAAGAUUGAAUUAAAUGAUCCCGAAACAAAGAAAAGAGCAAUUAAUGUUAAAACUUUCCAAUUUGAAGCAGAUGUUAAACAAAUGCCUGUUAGUCUAGGUUUAGAUAUUGAAGAGCUUUGGAAAGAUGAAGAUAUUCAAAAAAUUUGGGAAAGACGAUCGGAGUAUUGGUUUUUAGAUGCAACUCCUUAUUAUUUUGAAAACAUUCAAAGAUUUUUAGAAGAUGAUUUUAGACCAACAGAAGAAGAUUGUAUUAUGACUAGAGUUAGAACAAGUGGUAUCUCUGUUACCGAAUUUGAUGAAGGACCAGUACACUUCCGUGUAGUUGAUGUUGGUGGUCAAAGAAAUGAAAGAAAGAAAUGGAUUCAUUGUUUUGAUGAUGUUAAAGCCUUAUUAUUUGUUGUUAAUUUAGCUGGUUAUGAUCAAGUUAUGUUUGAAGAUCCAUCACAAAAUAGAAUGCAAGAAUCAUUAACAUUAUUUGGUCAAAUCUGUAACAAUCCAAUUUUUGCAGAUACUCCAACAUUUUUAGUAUUAAAUAAAAAAGAUUUAUUUGAACAAAUGAUUCAAAAAACCGAUCUCAGUAAAUGUUUCCCAGAUUAUAAAGGUGGUUCAGAUGUUAAAGUUGCAUUGGACUUUAUUCAAAGUAAAUAUCAACAAAAAAUUCAAGACCCAAAUAAACCUUUACAUUGCUUUUUUAUUGCUGCUCGUUAUAAAAAAGAUAUUAAAUAUACUUGGGAAGAAGUUAAAGGUAUUUUAUUAGAAGAUAAUAAAAAAGUACUCCAAAAAGCUAACAAAGAAUUAAAGAAAUCAAAAAACAAACAAGAAAAAUUAGAUGCUGCUAAUGGUGCAAAUACAACUACUGCUAAAAUUAAUGGUUAAAAAAUAAUAUAAAUAAUAAUAAUAAAUAAUAAUAAUCAAAUAAUAAUAUUGUGAAAUAAUUAAAAAAAAAAAAAAAAAAAAAAAAAAUACAACCAACCAAAAUAGAUGAUAAUCAAUAAUCCAAUAAUAACUGAUCAACCCCCAACCCAAGAAAUUGUAAUUUAAAUCAUCAAAAAAUAUUUAAGUUAUUAAAAAAAAAAAAAAAAACCUAAAAAAAAAAAUAAAGUGUAUAUUACUAUAAAAAAUUUAUU